AUGUCGCAUCUGCUAGAGCACAGCUUCCUCUUUACAACAGAGGAGCGAAAUCUCAUCUACCGUGCCAACAGCGACGUCAACACCCGCCCCGCCAGCUUUGUCACUCGCGUCUUCUACCCCCUUUGGAUUCGCAUCAGCAGACACCUGCUCAGCGAUCUCGUGGCGCCAAACGCUAUCACACUGGCGGGGCUUCUCAGCAGCAUGCAGGCGUACCAGCUCAUUAACACGUACUACCAUUUUGGCGAUCAGCAGCACGGCUCGCACGCGGUACUGGGCGACGUGAAGUCGUCGUUGCAGGCGUUUGGACUCCGUGGCGCCGGGCAGGCGCCCCUUGCAGCUGAGAAGACCGUCGUGGGAGAGAUGGCCUCUGCCUACAAAGCCGGAGAAGGCGCUGCGGCGAAGGCGGCGAAGGCGGCGAAGGCCAUGAGUGCCGUUGCUACUGCGAGCGGUCAAGUCUUAAGACCGCCAGCGACCGACUACGUGGACUUUUUCCACACGGACCGCACGGUGCAGACGGCUACGGUGCUGGCGAUUCUGCUCUUGGUCAUCUCCAUCACAUGCGGCUCACUGGACGGCGUGCAUGCAAAGCGAUGUCGCAGCGCCACCAGUCUGGGAGACAUCUUCUCCCGCAUUUGCUCCUCUAUGGCGCGCGUCUUCAUGGCGCUGACGCUGCUGGAGGUGUUCCACAUUGAGGACGUGUGUACGAAGUGGUACUUUCUGCUUACCCUUCAGCUGAUUGAGCUGAACACGGUGCUCGGCCGCAUCAACGCUUCGAACUUGAAGAAGGACCGUGUCAAGAAUGUGGCGUACAUCGCAACGUACUGCUUCCGUGAAUCGGAGUUGUCGUUUCUCAUGGUGUUGCUCCUCAUCGCCCGCUGGUUCUACCCUACCGCCUGCCGCAACAUCCUCGGAGUCAUCUUGGCGAAGGCGCAGGUGGGCUACAACACCCUCGUCGUCGCCACUUUCGUGAACAUUGCUAUCCUCAAGAUGAAGAAGCGGUACAAGGGGAUUGUUUUGCUCUGCCUCGCCGCGCGUGUGCUGCCGCUCUUCUACCUCCUGCCACUGAGCCAGUACGGCUUGCUGAGCGUGAUUGGCGAUGCCAUGAUUGUAGGACUUCUGUCCAUCGAGGUGUACGUCAGUCACCUCGCCCAGCGACGCAUUCACGCCGCGGUUUUUUUUCUCUGCCUCGGCUCGCUGUUGAAUGACGUGCUCUCUGUGGCCGGGACUAUCAUGUACCUGAUUGCCAUGCUGGUCGACCUCUCGUACUCGCUGAAUGUACCGCUUUUCACGCCUGUGCGCAACGUCUUCAUUGACGGCGUCUUCGACCUCUGCCACGCCGGCCACAAGCUUCUUAUGGCCAACGCGCUCAAGUUCGGCAACCGUCUCAUCGUCGGCGUCUGUGGCGACGAGGAAUGCGCCUCGUACAAACGCCCACCGAUCAUGACUACCGAGGAGCGCAUCAAUGAGGUGCGACUGUGCCGGUACGUCUCGGAAGUGAUCCCCAACUCGCCGGUUACGGGCAUCACGGUGGAGAUGAUCCAGUACUACAACAUUCACCUGGUCGUUUGUGGCGAGGAGUACAAUACACCGACGGACACGUACUACGCGGUGCCACGCCACAUGGGCAUCCUGCGGACCGUACCGCGAACACCCGGCAUCUCCACCAGCGUACUCAUAUCGCGCAUCCGUGCCGCCAGUGAGGACUCGGUAGAGGCGAAGGACAGGAAGAGCGACACAUCAAAGGUGAAGGGCGGGGCGUGA